GAACAAAGGAGAAUUGAUUAAAUCUAUUUUAAACCUUCAACAAUACCCACUUACAUCAACAUUGGAAAUUGCAGAAGAAGAAGAGGUAUACUAUCUCUUCAAAAACAAAAAAAAACUCUUCUUCUUCCAAUCUUCCAACAAAUUAAUCAAUGGCAGACUCUCAAAACAACAACAACAACAACAAUUCAACCCAAAUCACAACAACAACAACAACAAAAUUAACAAUUCCACCAUAUAUGAAAGCAAUAUCAGGAUCAAUUGGAGGAGUAGUAGAAGCAAGUUGUUUACAACCCAUUGAUGUGAUUAAAACUCGUCUACAAUUAGAUAGAGUAGGAAAUUACAAAGGUAUCCUUGAUUGUGGGUCUACUGUUGCUAAUUCAGAAGGGAUACGUGCACUUUGGAAAGGAUUAACACCAUUUGCAACUCAUCUUACUCUCAAAUAUGCCCUUCGUAUGGGCACUAAUGCUGUCUUACAAUCAGCUUUUAAGGAUUCAGAAACUGGGGUUAUUAGUCAUCAAGCUCGUUUCUUUUCUGGCUUUGGUGCUGGUGUUCUUGAAGCCCUCGUUAUUGUCACCCCUUUUGAGGUUGUGAAAAUUAGGCUACAACAGCAGAAAGGAUUGAGUCCUGAACUUCUAAAGUACAAGGGUCCAAUACAUUGUGCUCGUAUGAUAAUUCGUGAAGAAGGAAUUUUAGGGCUGUGGGCUGGUGCUGCUCCAACAGUCAUGCGCAAUGGAACUAAUCAAGCAGCUAUGUUCACUGCCAAGUACAUGUUUGACAAGGCCUUAUGGAACAAGCAAGAAGGUGAUGGGAAGUUUCUCCAACCAUGGCAGUCUAUGAUUUCAGGUUUUCUUGCCGGGACAGCAGGACCCAUAUGCACUGGUCCUUUUGAUGUCGUAAAAACAAGACUAAUGGCACAAAGCAAGUCUGAUGGUGAUGUAAAGUACAAAGGUAUGCUUCAUGCUAUCAGAACAAUUCAUGCUGAGGAAGGACUACGCGCUUUGUGGAAGGGGUUAUUGCCGAGACUCAUGAGGAUUCCACCUGGCCAGGCCAUCAUGUGGGGUGUUGCUGAUCAAGUGACUGGAUUUUAUGAGAAGCGGUUCUUACGAAGUGCUCCCUUGUAAAUAGCUUUUCUUCUGCCUUUAUUCGACUACUUUGCUCUACAAGGGGUGUGCAGAUGCACAAUUUCUUUUACAAUCAGUAAUUUAAAGGGAGGGAUUUGUCUUCUACCAUGAAAGUGCUUGCAUUGUUGUGAGUAUAUAUGACAAGUUUCAGGGAGGAACUUGCUGGUGAUACUUGACAAGGAUUUAGGCUUUUUGCUAGAGUAACUUAGUUUAUUCAGAUUUUGGUGCAGAGAAGUCAUAUUUUUUGUGAUCAGUAUUGUCAAUUUUUUUUAAUGAUGUCUUUUUUUUUUUCUCUCUUUAGUCCAGAGCUUAUGUAGAGAUCAAGGAUGUGAAAAUGAUGAGGUCAUAGGUGGAUUUGCGGGAAAUAUUUUACCAACACAAGCUUGUUAUUUGAAGACCCUUCUCCCAUUCAUUUGUAGAAAACAGAAAUUGGUUUCAGUUGAUAGCUGUAACUAAUAAUACUAUGAUUUGUAUGACAUUUUUUUGGUUUUGACCUUAA